CGUAGAAAUUGCGUGCGAAUACGAAAUCAUACGAAAUCAUUUUCAUUUGUUUCGACAUCGAUAAACGCGCAAAUAUUAUUUAAAGUGAUUAUUCGUGAACGUCAUAAAGCUCACUAUUUUUUUGGGGUAGAAUGCAUAACACGCACAUUUAAAAAAAUUUGUGAAGCCAACGAUAAGUCAUUAAUAGCGAAUUUUUUACAAAUAAAUAUUCGUUUCGUUACGCAUAAUAAAUGUUCUGUGUUAUUAUAUAUUACAGUUACACAUUUCGCUAUACAAUUAUCAAAUUAUUUUUAAACAGACUUGCAGCAUACAAGUAUUCCUAGUUCAUAUGCACGUGUUUGUGGUUUAUACGAUUUUAUAAGAUUACUUUCGCGCGUUCAAGGAUGGAUAUUGAACACCAAUUCUAUAGAAAUAGAAUAUUUACGAUUAAUUCUAAAACAAUUAAGCGUACUUGCCAAAGUUUAUAAUUUUCAAAGUUCCUGAUAUAAAAGAAUAUAGUUUAUUUAUGUAAAUUUUACUAAUAUUACGCAGUAGUGAAUUGAACAAGUUACUUCAUCAUGUUUAGGCACGUAUUAUUAUUUGAAAAUGUUAUAUUACACAAUAAAAACAAUUUUAACAAACACUAUAUAGGAAGAAUGUACAUGGCUCAAACUUCGAAAAUGAAAGAAUAUGAAGGUCGUAAAUUAAUAGGGUUUUCGAUGGAACAAAUAUACGACGUUGUGGCGGAUGUGAAAAAUUACAAAAAUUUUGUUCCGUUUUGUAAGAAAUCCGAUAUUAUAUCGGAAAACGACGAUUUUCUCAGAGCCAAUUUAGUCAUAGGAUUUCCACCUAUAAACGAAAAUUACACGUCCAAAGUAACAAAGGUACGGCCACAUAUGGUAAAGGCCGAAUGCACGGACGGAAAAUUAUUCAGUCAUUUGAAUACGUUAUGGCUCUUCAGUUCAGGAUUAAAAAAUAACGCACAAACGAGUGUGAUUGACUUUUCAUUAUCAUUUGAAUUCAAGUCAAUUAUCCACUCACAUUUGUCGAAUUUGUUUUUUAAUGAAAUUGUAAGACAAAUGGAGAAUGCUUUUCUGGAAGAAGCCAAACGCCGAUACGGUCGACCUUGUAUAAAAACAGUACGAUUAGAGAGAUGACAAACCGUAGUGGUUAUAGAAGUAUUAAUGUAUACGAAAAUCUGUAAAUAAAUAUAUUGUAAACCUC